AUGGGUUCCAAAUUCAUCCCGACUAUUGCUUCUCAAUCUCUGGGCCGAGCCUGGUAUCACAGCUUCGAACAUAAACUCAAUUUGUGCAGGCAAUAUGGAUUCGAAUCAAUUGAAUUAUUCUUUGAAGACCUUGAGGGAGUUGCCAACUCAUUACAUAGCUCCCAUCAUAUACCACCUCCUGGAACAUCCUUCACUGGUUCAACAGACGUUCAAGAAAGACAGCUGGUAGCUGCAGAACAUAUCCGUGAACUGUGUCUUCAUAACCGCUUGGAGAUACUCUGUCUUCAGCCAUUCAUGCACUACGAAGGUCGGAUAGAUGCAUCUUCUCAUGAUGAGGCCAUCUCAAACCUCCAUUUCUGGAUCAGACUUGCCCAUCGGCUCGGAACAGACCUUAUUCAGAUCCCUUCCAGCUUCCUUCCCUCCUCGCAAUGUACGGGAGACCGCCACAGAAUCAUUGCAGAUUUGAGACAAGCUGCGGAUAUCGGUCUCCAGAGCAGCCCUCCUGUCCGAUUUGCCUACGAAGCCCUCUGUUGGGGCACACACAUUAACACAUGGGACGCCGCAUGGUCCAUCGUUCUGGGAGUCAAUAGAGCCAACUUUGGUACAUGCAUCGACGCAUUUAAUCUCGCCGGCCGAAUCUUCGCCGAUCCAGCCUCGCCUUCGGGACUCACACCUAAUGCUUAUGAUACAACCCGGGAAGCAAUAUCAAAACUGCGGGUGGAGCUCUCCUUUGCGAUAGAGAAAGUGUUUUACGUUGAAGUUUGCGAUGGCGAGCGACUCGACAGGCCACUAUUACCCAGCCACGAAUGGUUUAAUCCCCACCAGCCAGCCCGUAUGUCCUGGUCACGAAAUGCAAGGCUCUUUCCCUUCGAGAAGCGCGGUUAUUUACCCGUUCUGGAAAUUUUGGAGGCAGUGUGUGAGGCGGGUUAUAGUGGUCAUAUAUCCUUUGAAUUAUUCUCACGAACCGCAAAUGAAGCUGGCACAGAUGUUCCUGAAGAACAUGCUAAACGAGCUGCAGCUGCCUGGAGAAAGUUGGAGGAGCAUAUGGGUUGGACAAAGAGACCAGCUGUGUCUCAAAUCACCCAUCAUGUCACUGAAGAUAUCUCUAAGUAUGAGGCAUUCUCUUCUCUCCUCCUCUUAUGA